CAUCAGCAGCAAGAUCGCCUUCAAACUGGAGAAUCCUACGACAGGACCAUUUUUCUUUUCCUUCCGUUCCUUGCCUUUAUGAUGUCCUUCAAAGCUAAAACGUGCAAUGGAUGCGGAUGCCAUUGUCAAGAAUGUGGUGAUCAUUCAGGUCUUCAUCUCCAUGUAGAAAUUGAAAACUUAAAACAGCAAUUGAUCGAAAAAGAGAAUCACAUUUUAACUAUGGAAACUAAUUUCUUAAAGGAAGCUGACAAGUUUCCAAAUGGUGAAAUGGCAGCUAUUUCUGAGGAGCUUCUAACAUGGCAGGAUAAAUAUUCGAGGCUAUAUGAAGCGCAUAAAAGGGUUCAAAAAGUAAACCAGAAUCUGGAAGACAAACUUUUGAGAAUUGUCGAUAAAUGUGAGACUGAAAAAAAUGCAUUAACAAGUGAAGUAUCUAAUUUAACAAAACGUUUAGUCGAUGAGAAGUUCAAUGUCAGCCGACUCCAAGAAGAAAAUGAGAGGUACCGAAACGAUGUAAAUUUAGCAAUACAGUUACUCCAGUGCAAACCUUCGAAUUUUGUUUCUCAAAAAUAUGACUCUUUGCCAAGUGAGAUGCAGCAAAAAGUGAGGACUUAUAUCUCAAGUAAGAGGAGACAAUCUGAUGGGAAUGGGAAUAUUCCUCCCAAAGCAGAAAUGAAAACCAUUAAAGUACCGAUACCCACUUACCCUCCAACAGCAAUGGUUUACUCUGUAAACAAAGGAACUAUAGAAAAAGAUGUAAACGCAGAGGAAAAAUCAAACCAUCAGCCUGUUGAUAUAGUUUCGGCGGCAAUAAUGGCUAAAGUGUUAGAAGAAAGAGAAAAGGAGCGUUCGCAAACAAAGCAUUGUGAUACUUGCACUUGCUCUAAACAUAAAAGCACAAAAUCAACACAAACUCUCGGCGAUCCACCUAAUAAGAGCAUCAGCACUGCCGUCUUGCCUUUUAUCAAAUCAAAUAAAUUAAUUCUAACAAGUAACAGUAUCGGUGUGCGAGCGAGGUCGGUAGAAAAGGACAAAUUCGCUACCUCUGAUUGUUCGCUUCUUUCAGCCAACAGGAAUUCCAAGCUGAAUAACUAUUCUGACAACUGGGAAAAUGAAUCGGAAACGGCGACCGACCUCAGGGGAAGAAAAUCACCGGUAGGAGUCACAGAAGGCAUCCUCGUCAACAUUGACUCAACGGAGAAUUCAUCAAUAAACAGUGCAACAAGUGAAUGUAGUUCAUUGAGUUGGCAGAGUAAAAUGGAAAACACACAGACUCCACGACUGGAGAAUAGCAUGGAUAGUGAUUUAAUUAGUUUCGAUAGGCCAUUAAAUAAAACUAAUGAAAGUGAGCAACGAAUCACCGGUCCUAGGCAUUGUUCAGUCCGUAUGCAGGUAGGUUCGAACAAUAUUUUAUUGGACAAUGUUGUUGACCCUUACACUCCAGUUUUAUACAGAGGUAAAAAUUCUGAUCCACUUGUGCACACCUCCAGGUCAAGAUCAGGUUCUAGCCAUUCCAGUAGUGAUGAGCCUGUUGUGCACGCUAAAAAAUCAGGUUUCCGCACAGAGACAGAAAUUUAGUUACACUUUUCCAAUCAUUGUUUUCUGACUAAAUGAAUUAUUAAAAAGAAAAAUGACUGUUUUUUUAACUGCUCGAAUUGCUCAUUCUUCCAUUGUAUAAAACGUUUUAUCUGAAAUGUGGUUGUGGAGGAUAUUUUCUAAAUUCGAUUGUAUCAUAAUGUGAAGUAAGAAAUGAAAUGCAUUUAUAUUGAGCUGAUAAAUUGGCAGUUUGAACCAUCUUAAAAGGGUGUCUGGCAACAAUUGCAGGUUAAUUUUGUAGGUGUUAAUUUUUUUUUUUAAUUAUCAUUAAUUUUCAUCUUCAUUAUCUCUUUGAUCACUUUCUUAAUCCAUCAUUCAAAUAAAAUUUGUAGCAAAUAAAGCAACUGCCGAUCAUCUUUUGCAAAAAAUAUAUUUCCUAACAAUUGAGAAUUUUUUUUAACAAAAUAUUCUAAUAAUAAAAUGGAAAAUAAAAUUUCAGCCUUAAAAUUAAAUAAUUCAAGAUAUAAGUGUAGAAGGACAAGGAAAUAAGUAGUACUUUGUUAAAAUACCAUAUUUUACUUAAGCAAUAAAAUUUCAACAUCAGUUUCAGAGAAGGAACAAUUAUUUAUAUAUUUUAAUGUUUAAUGUGUUUAUCGAGCGAAGAAUAACUUGCCCUAUCUGCUCUAGAAAAUAUUUCAUUAAAAAGUAUAAUUAUGGUGAAAUUUAAAUCUUGGUUGAUUUCUUGUUAAAAUAAUCAGCACACCAUUUUAUUUUAUUCUGUAUUAUUUAUUUAUUUUAUUUUUGUGUG